CCAGCAUCCAGCCUCCCCAUCAUCCACGGGCUCUGUAACAGGAAGCGCGUCGGGCAGUCGGAUGCUCUGCUGGACCGCCUGGGAGAGAGAGACCAUCCCCUCCUGUCCGUUCCAGGGAGAGAGAGGGAGACAGAGGGGGGGGGGGGGGUGGAGGAGAGCAGCAGCAGCAGCAGCAGCAGGGGGAGGAGGCGGAGGAGGGGUGGCGAUAGGAGAGAGGAGCAGACAUGGCUUCGAGAGAGAUCACUGCCUCUGGUUUCUUCGGCGUGAGCAGGGACAUGACAGAAAGCAUCAGGAAGAUUAUCGAUAAAUCCUCUAUCAAGUUCGUUUGCGGCAUUAAGCUUGACACCAAAAACGGCAAGUCGGAGGACAGAAUACUGGUCCUCGCAACAUGGCGUCUCUAUUUCCUGGCGCCAAAGAUUCCCACUAAGCAGGUAGAAUCCACAUUCAACUUCUUGGAGAUUCGAGCUCUGAAUUCCCACCCGGAGCACCAGGUUAUCAUCGACACGGACAAGUCCAGCUUCUCCCUGAGGUUCGAAUCACGGGAACACGUCAAUCAUGUGGUCAGCCAUAUCAAUUUCGCCCUCUCGCGAAUAUUCAACAACUCGAUUUUUGCCCCUUCCAUCUGUCAUUCCGACAGUGACCUUUCUGAAGGCAGCAGGAAGUAUUCGCCCAGCUCAGAGACUUCAGUGGAAACUCAGAGGGCCUGUGGAGGCUUCUCGGAGACCUACGCCGCUCUGUGCGACUAUAAUGGCAUCAGCUGCAAGGAGGAAGUGCAGUGGGAUGUGGACACCAUCUAUCACUCCCAGGACAACCGAGAGUUUAACCUGCUGGACUUCAGCCACCUGGAGAGCAGGGAUUUAGCGGUGAUCGUCGCCUCAAUGGCAUACAACACCUGGUUCACGAAACUGUACUGCAAAGACCUACGCAUUGGGUCGGAGGUGACAGAGCAGGUCCUGCACACGGUCAGCAAGUCGUCAAGCCUGGAGGAGAUCACUCUGGAGAACGCCGGGCUAAAAUCAGACUUCCCGCAGAAGAUGUCAGCCGCUCUCUCAGAGAACCCCGCCUCUGUCAUCCACUCGCUCAACUUGGCGCACAACUCACUGGACAACCAAGGAGUGUCCAACCUGAUACAGCAGGUUUGUCGCCUCAGCAAGGGCCUUCGCCUGCUCAACCUCUCCAAGACCUCACUCACCUCCAAAGGAGUGGUGUCUCUCUCUCAGGCUCUGUGCUCCAGCGAUGAGUACUCCAACUCUCUCCUGCACCUGGACCUGAGCAAGAACCCCGGUGUCCUCUCGGGGGAGGAUGCGUCGAACUUGUAUCUGUUCUUGUCUCAGCCCAACUGCCUGGUCCACUUAGAUCUGUCAGGCACAGAUUGCUCCGUAGACUCACUAUUUGGGGCUCUUCUGAGGGGGUGUUGCGCCGAUCUCUCCUUUCUGAAUCUUUCCAAAAAUUCCUUCUCCCACAGGAAAGUGAAGGACACGCUGCCAUUGUUCCGUCAGUUCUUCAGCUCGGCCUUCAGCCUCACUCAUGUCAGCCUGGCCUCUAUGAAGCUGCCCCCUGAUGUUCUCAGGGCUCUCCUUACAGGGUUAACCUCCAAUCCUCAUAUCAACGACCUUCAUCUGGACAUCAGUGGCUGUGAGCUGAGAACGGCAGGGGCGGCUGUAAUCCAGGAACUCUUCCCCCGGGUCUCCUCUGUUGCCACUCUGGAUAUUUCAGACAACGGUCUCGAUGCAGAUUUGCUCACAGUGCUGCCAUCCCUCUCCAGGCACCCCUCCCUCAAACACCUUAAUCUGGGCAAGAACUUCAACAUCAAACACAGGGUUCUGGAUGAGGUCCUGCAGAAGCUGGUUCAACUCAUACAGGAGGAGGAAUGUGCCCUGCAGUCUCUGUCCCUAUCCGACUCGCGCCUGCGCUCCAGGGGCACCAUGCUGGUCAACGCCCUGGGCAGCAACACCUGCCUUAGAAAAGUGGACCUGAGCGGGAACAACAUGGAGGACAUUGGAGCCAAGAUGCUGAGCAAAGCCCUGCAGAUCAACACCACGCUCAGGAGUGUAACUUGGGAUCGCAACAGCACCUCCGCAUCCGGAUUUCUGGAUGUGGCCAGAGCACUCGAACAUAAUUUCACCUUGCAAUACAUGCCUCUUCCCCUAAGUGACAUCAGCCAGGCGCACCGCAGCGCCCCCGAGAGGACAGAGCAGGCACUGACUAAGAUCCAGCGCGCUCUGGUGAGGAACAACCAGACCCAGCGCUUCUCCCAGCGACAGGCUCUGCGGCUGCACCAAGGCCUGGUUACGAGCACUGCCGAGCAGGUGAUGGAGCGCCUCUGUGUGCGCGUACAGCAGCAGGUGUGUGUGCUACGAGGUGUCGGGGAGCUGGAGGAGAUUCACGCUGCUAAACAAGUGCUAAAAGAGGCCAGGAAUUCCCGCGCCCUCUACCCUUCGCUGUGUGAGCUGGCUCACGUGCUGUCUGUGGACGGGCCGGUGCGGCAGCGACUGGACUCCCUGGCUGGUGAACUUGCCAAAGCUGCAGAUAAGGAGCUCCAGGUGAUCGUCGACUCCAUGGUGUCUCUCUGCCGCGAGCUCUGUCCUUUAUCUUCUGCUGCGGCAGAGAGAUUGAGUCCUCCGCUCUCAUCCGUCUCCGAGCGCGUGUCCAUCCCUCGCUCUGCCAUCCGGACUGCCCUGAUGGAAAGAGCAGCGCAAGACAUUCACCGAGCCUUAGAAGAAGUGAGGCUGUCUGUGGUUUCCUAUCUCACCAACUCCAUUGUGGACCAAAUCCUGCAGGAGCUGUACGCCACCCAUAAGACCCUGACCCGACAGGUGUCGCACCUCAAGCGGUGGGACGGGUCGAGUGAAGACGGGACAAGCUGGAGGUUUAACAGACACAGAGACUCUCUGGACAUCACAGAUGAGGAGCUCGGCAACAGCAUUGACACAAUAGCCAUUAAGAAGCGCAGCUCGAGAACAAGACGAAUACGACCUGUCUCCACGAGGCUGAGUCUGUGUGACGACUCCAGCUCCUCCCCACCUCCCUCCUCUGUGCCAUCGUACUCAUUGCCGCUAUCCCGCUCGGCAUCGUGGGAGGGCCUGUCAGAGCUGCCUACACAGGGCUUGCCUCUACAUCAUGUGACACGGGUUAGACCGAGACCUCCAAGGAGGCACAAGGGAGGUCACGUCCCUGCUGAGACAGACUGCAGUGAAAAUGGAGGAAUAAGCCCUCUCGAUGACGGACUCCCUGACUUUUAUACUAAAAGGGUGCUCCCUGAUAGUCAGCUCUCGUCUCUGCACAAAGCCCACUCCCUGAGGCGGAAGAAGAGGAGAAACAUGCUGGCCAUCUUCGGGUUCCGUAAGAACCGCAACCAAACUCUGUCCAGUCAGGGGCCCCAGGAGUCCGAAGCAGAUAUUUAUGGAGAUGGGUGUCACACUGUUUCCACAGCACCCACAGGGACAGCCACAGAGAACGUGUACACCCUCCUUCAGCCUCCGAGGUCCUCUGCCAGAGCCGGAUCUCCUGGCGAAGGGGCUGAUGGGAAAAUGAAUGAUCACCAGGGGAAAAAUACUCUCGUUCUGAGUCCGCCCACGGUGCCGGGCAUCCCUCAUCCAGGCGUGGGAGGAAGCAAACACCCCUUUUAUUCCCCCAGAGAGAAAGCUGAAGGAGAUGCUGUGUUUGAUCCGCCGGUGGAGACAGACAGGUACUGGGUGGAAGAUAAACAUAGAGCGACAGAGGGGGUGCAAGUAGAGAAGCAGUGGUCGGAAGCGAGGCAGAGCGAUCAGCAUGUGGAGAGACAGCGGGCUGACGACAGGCUGCAGGAAAGAACUUUUGUCGAUCCAAGAACGGCCGACAGACCAACAGACAGGUAUUGGACUGAGAGCAGACACCCGGACAGACACGUGGACAGACAGUGGACUGUUGAUAGACACACCCAGCGGCAGAUCGACAGGAAGAUAGAAAGGCAGUGGAUGGGCGGGAGGCAAAUAGAGAGGUCGUGGUCCGAGAACAGGCCGACGGACAUACAGGUGGACAAUCCGUGGACCGAGAGCAGACAACAGAGCAGGAAGAUGGACAGGCAAGUGCAAGCGCUUCACUUGGCUCAGAGGCCGCUGCCCCCGUACCCGUCGGACAGGACGCCCUCGCCGAAACAGGAGACGGAUCCUCUGAAGAGCACAGAGGCAGCGGCGACAGACCGCCAUCAGCAGGACACGCAGGGAGACAGACACGCGUGUGCGGACGUCGGCGGAGGGUUCGCAGACGGCUGGAGAGGUGGCACGGGAGGAGGUCGAGCUGCUCCGCCUGCAUCCAAACCGGAUCCCCCGCCGCAGAGCAGCAAACCCAACCUGUCUAAGCUGAGGCAGAGGCAUCGGCUGGAGAGCUCCGACGCUCUCCCAGCUCUACCAGGGACAGAGGAGGAAGGAGAUACAGAGAAGGAUCCUGGAAAGAUGGAAAAGAAAGAAAGAGAUAAAAGAAGAGAUUCGGAGAGUCAUCCGCCUCCGAUUCCAGAAAAGCCAAAGACGUCCUCCUACGUGUCUUUUCCAAAGGAAUCAGCCAAUGAGAGAAACUUACCCCCUCCUCCUGUGCCGCCUCCUGUUUUCAGGCCGGCACAUGGACUACCGGACAGAGCUGCAAGUCAAGGUGACGAAGGGCUGAGACCGCAGGCGCCAGUGAAACCACAGAGAAACAGAAAGGCCAUGUCUUGUGACGCAGGCACUGACAGGGAAAGCCCUAAUAAUGUUGAGAAGCCCCCAAAUCGCAAACCCCCAGUGAAAAAACCUAGACUUCCCCAAAACAGAAAUAAGUCCCUGGAUUUGUCUGACAGCAUCGACUCUGCGCCCGGUCACAGCGAGCUGUUGUGAUGCCCGGGGAAUUCGCCUGCCGCUGUCCAGCCGGAGCGUUGUCGUGACGACCGUGGAGCAUUUCAUCCAACAAGGACUCACUGAGGGAGGAGGGGGAGAGGCAGAGAGAAGACGUCCAACAGCUCAACAUGACAACAUAUCAUAGAGCAUCAGUCACUUGCUUCUGUUGAAACACUCACUUACCUUAAUGUCAGUUUCCCCUGACGGUGUCUCGGUCUUUGCCUUCCCCCCUCUCAUGUGAAAACUCACCUAACUCAUUUUUUUUUUGUGGCUGCAGUAUUUUAAAGGUAUUUGCUUCUUUAGAAAACCCAAAUGAUCAUUGUCUUUUGUGUCGGUGGACAUUGGGCCGAACGCCCAAACAUUGUGUGGCUUUGCUAGACAUAAGAAGAAUCUGUCUUUGUUAGAAUGUGAUUUCAUAAAUCUGCAAUGCAUUUUUCGACUGCUGAUACGAUUGACUGCCUUGGUUGGCACUUGAAAACAAGUUGCUUCUUAUCAAAUGAAAGUCGAUGAUUUAUAUCUAGUUUUGCUUUCAGGAACUGAAAGGUAAUAUAUUUUAUAGAGAAAAAAAAAUAUGUAUGAGCACCCUCACUGUAUGAAUAAAACACUAAUGGAAAAGCA